GGGCCGACGUCAGCACUGCCAAACCCAGCCCUACAAAGAGUGGUGUCAAGCCCAGCCCUACAAAUAGUGGUGCCGAGCUCCGGGCCAGGACACAGCACCGGCCACUGCCACCCCAACAAGCCCUGCUUGGUGCCAUGGCUCCUGGUGGCUGCCUGCUACUGACCCUGCUGCUGCUGGCAGGCACUGCACAGGGCCAGCACUGGUCCCACGGAUGGUACCCGGGGGGCAAGAGGGACCUCAGCAUCCCACAGGUCCCCGCCGCACUCAGACCCUGUCCGACCCCUCCGUGCCGCCCGCUUCCACCGCCGCCCUCAACCCUCCGGGCCGCAAUAUGGCGCCCUCUGGAGGCCGCACUGCGCCAACCGCACUGAGCGGCCCCGCGCCGCACUACACUUCCCAUCGUGCCUCGCUCUCUUCUCCCCUCUCAUUGGUCUGCGACUCCCGCCUUGUUUACAUCACAUCCGGCCUGCUGCUGGCCGCCAUGUUGGCGGCGCUGAGGUGUUGCGGGCCGCGCUCCUUCCCCGCUGUUACCUCCGGGGUUGUCCCUGCUUGGAGCCCGUGGUUGGUGCCGUCUCGGGGUCGAAAAUCGAGGCACGAUCCCCCCGCUAAAUCCAAAGCAUCGCGUCUAAAAGUGCCGCCUCCCGUCGACCCCGCCGAGCUCUAUGUGGUCACCGAGCGUUACCGGCAGCACCGCCUGGUGUUCAGCGCCCUCCGCUCUAUCUUCAGGGCUGAGGUGGUGCAGAAGAAGCGUGAGGCACAACGGGCUGCAGAGGACUCAGCGGCACUGUUAGAGGAGCACCGUAGGCUGAUGGCCUGGAAUGAUGCUGAGAAUGCACGGCAGCGGGCACGCAGAGAAGAAAGAAUUAGGAAAGAAGAGGAAGAACUGAAGCUGAAGAAGCUGCAGGCUAUGGAGAACAAAGCUAAAGUGAUGGAGGCCUUUCUGAAGGAGAAAGAGAAAGAGGUUCUGCAGCUGCAGGAGGAAGCAAAAACCUUCAUCACUCCUGAGAACCUGGAGGCUCGGAUUGAGGAGUGCCUGGACAACCCUCGCAACUACAACUUUGCCAUUGACAAGGAGGGACGCAUUGUCAAACGCACCGCACUGUCCUAGCAGCUCUGUCUCUUGGAUGAAGGGGAUGUGCUGGCCUGGCCUCUGUCCAGAGGCUGGGGUUCUUCCUUUUAAUGCAUAAAUCAGCCAUAGAAUCGAUGGACAAACAGCCAGCUUCCUGUCCUGCUGUUGCAGAGGUAGGGGGGGGAGGGGAGGUGAAAAGAGGCAUUAUUUUGAGGUGCAGAACAGCACCCUGUCUCAGCCCUACAGUGAGGCGGACAGGAGGAGCUGCUGGUGUUCUGCUCCUGUUGCUCUGUGCAGUGCUCUGCAGUUCCACAUCCCUCUGGUUGGAUCCCUGCUGCUCUCAGCUUGGAGGUGGAGUAGAGCAAGGCAGGCUCCAAGGCGGAUCCUCAGUGGUUUUGCACCAGAGGGAUCUCAUCCCUUUUGUCUCCUUCACUCAACUAAAGCACCUCAAUCUCUGGUCACUCUCCCUUAAUCUUUGGCUUUCUGCUUUGUUUUUCUGUGCUCAAUUGGUCUUAAAUACGUGCAAGAAAAAGGCACAGCUUUCAUAGGUGAGGUUGUACCCGGGCCUUGCACAGUAACACAUCGCAGGGCAAUUGUAUCUGACUGGUUGUACACCCUCAUGUCUGUGGAACCCCAUGAGUGACUACAUCUGCUUCAGGCACAAGCCCAUCGUGGCCUCGUGUGCCAGUGGCCCCAGCAUUGUUUGCAUUUCAGCCCCUUUGGAUGGUGGAAAACAAGGUCUGGAUUGUUUUGUAGAAAACACAGACAGUGUGUUUUUUGUUGUGAGGUGAAAUAAAUCAUUGUUUCUGUGUUUUCUGCUA